AUGACCAAACAGCCAGAUAGCGAGAACGUCACAAUAGUUAACGACGACGAGACCCCACUGCCAAGUAGCGAGGAGGGCGACGUCGAGAAGCAGCGCCUUCCAACCAGUGAUGGGGAUGUAACUGAUGAUCCCAACAUCGUGUCAUGGGACGGCGACGACGACCCAGCAAAUCCCUACAACUGGAAGAGCUGGCGCAAGGUUGUCAACUGCAUCCUCAUCAGCGCCCUCUCCUUCCUAACACCCCUCGGUUCAUCCAUGUUCGCCCCCGGCGUCACAGAUCUCAUGAUAGAAUUCCAAAUGACUAGCCGCUCACUCGGCUCCUUCGUCGUCAGCGUCUACGUGCUCGGCUUCGCCGCCGGCCCCAUGAUCUUCGCGCCCCUCUCGGAGAUCUACGGCCGCGGCAUCAUCUACCACACCACCAACCUCUGCUUCCUCGCCUUCACCAUCGCCUGCGCCGUAGCCCCUACCUUCUCCUCUCUCAUCGGCUUCCGCUUCCUCGCCGGCCUCUUCGGCUCCGUGCCGCUCACCAACGGCGGCGGCUCCAUCGCCGACAUGAUCCGCCAGGAGAAGCGCGGCGCCGCCAUGUCCGCCUUCGCCGUCGGUCCCCUCCUCGGCCCCAUCAUCGGUCCCGUCGUGGGCGGCUACGUCUCCGAGGCGCUGGGCUGGCGCUGGGUCUUCUGGAUCCUCUCCUGCGUCUCGGGUUUCAUCACCAUCACCUUCUUCGUCUUCUCGGCGGAGACCUACGCCCCCGUCCUGCUCGAGAGGAAGACGAGGCGGCUGAGGAGGGAGACCGGAAAUAUGAACCUGCGUUCUAAGCUCGACGAGGGCCUUCUCCCGAAAGAUUACUUCGUCCGGGGCAUCGUCCGCCCCUUCAAGAUGCUCUUCUUCUCGCCCAUCUGCAUCAUCGCGGCGCUCUACGUCGCCCUGGGCUACGGGUACCUCUACCUCAUGUUCUCCAGCCUCUCGCCCCUCAUCCAGCAGAUCUACCACUUCGGCACCGGCGCCGCGGGCUUAGCCUUCCUGGGCUUCGGCGUGGGCAGCAUGAUGGGCGUCGUCUUCUUCGCGCGCCUGAGCGACGUCUACAUCAAGAAGAAGGCCAGGGAGGAGGCCGAGCUGGCCGCGGCCGAGGGCCGCGAGCCCGCCGGCCUCAAGCCAGAGUACCGUCUGCCCCCUCUCCGAUUCGGCGCCCUGCUCCUGCCGACCGGUUUGUUCAUCUACGGGUGGACGGCCUACUACAAGGUCCAUUGGAUCGCGCCCAUCAUCGGCACGGCGGUCAUGGGUGCCGGCAACCUGAUGAUCUUCAUGUCCUUCCAAAUGUAUCUCGUCGACACGUUUGCCCAAUACUCGGCCUCGGCACUCGCCUCCAACUCGGUCGUGCGAUCUAUCCUCGGCGCCGUCCUGCCCCUCGCUGCCUUCCCCAUGUACGACAAGCUGGGCUUGGGAUGGGGCAACAGUCUACUGGGUUUCAUUGCCGCGGCGUUGAUCCCGGUCCCGUGGCUGGUGCUCAAGUACGGCGAGUACCUGCGAAAGCGGUUCGAGAUCAAGAAUCUGUAG